AUGACCUACUUUCUCACGUAUUUCCUCCUAUUCACGGUGAUCGUGGGUGGAACAGCACUUUACCUCACAAGGUCGCGAUGGAUGCACUUGAUCCAAGUACCUGAUUACCUAUACCAUCGCCUUCCGUCAAGCUUUACGGCAGAUCUAGAGGAUGGCAUGAGCUCAUCCCAAUUCGAUAUCACCGCCAAUGUUGCCGAUGGUGAUACCAGGGCUGGACUUGAUCAGAACGCCAAGAGGGAGAUUCGCAAGAUCAUGAAGGGUCGCCGGGUCGAUUUCGAUGAAGCACGUCGAAUGUACACAGAGCAACGAUUUGCAAAGAAUAAUAUUGGACCUGACGGCCGGCCGAGAGACCCGAAAUUUGUCUCAUUCUCAUAA